AUGGUUCGUUUCUUUUUUCUAAACGUCUUUGUGUGUCUUUCGCUGGCCUCUAAUGGGCUUUCUGCACGCCUGCCCUCGGACGCGCAAAUCCGUGCACGGGCUGGCAAGACGAGUCCUUGUGCGCAGAUCGCCAACCUUACUGCUGACCCAGAUGUAUAUAGUGUACCUGCGAAACUUGCCUACGAAUGUCUUAACUCAGUGCCGUUCAACCAGACCGCUGCAGCCACUCUCGUCAAUGGCAUCAAGCUAUUUGUCGACUUUCAAUCUACCACUGCCAUUCUCAAGAACCCACCGCAAGAUUUCGUCGCGAAGGUACGACCACGUUAUGAUAUCUAUGGGGAAUUAGAGAAAGUUCGGGCGAAAGUCGCCUCGCGAUCUUAUGCAAGCGAACAUGCGUUUGGCAUGGACCUUGUAAAAAUCUUCACAUUCGCUCAUGACGACCUGUUCCAAUUUGUUCCCGACAUCGCGGCCACUCAUUUCGCUUUCCGUCGUACCGCUCCUUCUCUUGUCUCCGUUGCCUCCAGCAAGGAUAGCCUCCCGGAAAUCUACUCGUAUCGUGAUAUAAUGCAAGAAAAUCUGGGAAAAUCUUCAUUCAAGGCUUCGCCAAUCACACACAUCAACGGCAGAGACGUUCAGUCAUAUCUUCAUGACUGGUCAAAGUGGACUUAUUACACGGACUUGGACGCAGCCUAUAAUGCCCAAUUUACCACGCAAGCUGGUUCAUUCUCAGACAGUAUGAUGUUCAUUAUGGGAGCAUUCAAAUCGGGUGGGGAAACAAAUUCUGUUUAUGACGGUCCUACGACGGAGUACCGUUUUGCGAACGGCACUUCCAAGUCAUACGAAAACAUGGCUAAUGUCUAUGCCUCCUUUGAUGGCAUAACCGAUGGAGCGAGUCUGUACCAAGCCUAUUUCACCACCCCAAAGAGGGUGUCUCAAGAUUCGUCUAACGGGACGUCUAACGGGACGUCUAAUGAGUCGUCUGGUGGAUCUGGUGACCAGAACAAAACUUCGACGCCCGAGCCGAUGGAAGGAUACCCGCCACCAAUUGUCUGGGAUGAUCCAGUCAACAUGCUUAUUAGUGGAUACUACCUUGAUGGCCACUACUCCAAUGUCGCCGUGCUUUCCGUACCUACCUUUCGUUCCGGCGCUGAACCUAUCGACGGUUUCUACAAUACAGUAGAGAAGUUUAUCACAAAGGCUAAGGCAGAUGGAAAGAAGAAACUCAUCAUUGAUCUUUCAACCAACCCUGGCGGGUUGGUACCAAACGCGUUUAAUUUAUUCAAAAUCCUAUUCCCGCACGGACGCGACCAAUCAUCGACUUUACGUGUACGUGCGAACAAUGCAACCAAGUUAGUAAUCGAGAAAAUGACCAAACUUGGCGAAAAAUUUCCUCCUACCAGGGACAUUACACCCAAGUACAACGGACUGGAAGACACCAAUUUUUAUACCAGCAACAUCUUCAACGCCCACACGGUCAAGAAUUCACAGGGAAAGAACUUCGCAAACGCAAAGGCGUUUUUCGGUCCAGGUGUGACGCAGAACGGUGUCAGCUUUACAAACCUCUUCCGAUAUGAUCUAACCACUCCGUGGUCGUUCGAUAUCGGCGAUCAUCGGUAUGCAUCCUACGCCAAGCAGCAGCAGCCAUUCGCAGCUAGCGAUAUAGUCAUACUCACCAACGGUUUAUGUUCCUCGACAUGCGCUAGUUUUGUGGAACUCAUGCGAAGCAUUCAGAAUGUCAAGACUGUUGUCAUUGGAGGCCGCCCAGGUAAAGAUCCGAUGCAAGCCGUUGGGGGUAGCAAGGGAAUACAACAAAUGUCUUGGGAGGUCAUUUACUACAACCUUCAGGCCUCAAUCGAAAAUCUCAGCACACGCGAGGAGGCAGACUGGCUUUCGAAAUCCCCUCUCGGCAAAUAUCUCACUGACGGUCUUACUACCCUAUACCGUGCAGCCGCGGGAUCGGUAUCAAACAUCAACUUGGUAGACGCGAUCCGUGAAGGAGAUUCGUCGAAUACUCCUAUACAGUUUGUCUACCAGCCUGCAAACUGCCGCAUUAUGUACACCAAGGAGAUGUAUGUCGAUGUAUCUACUAGCUGGAAGGCUGUUGCGGACUCUGCCUGGGGUGGUAAGAACCAUUGCACGACUGGUAGUCUCGGGGGUCAUGGUAAAUCGCGUCGAGAUUUGUACAAGCGCGAGCUCACUGCAGAAGAGAAGGUGCACACUGAGAAGGUCCAGGCCUGGAGAAGGAACCUCAAGCUCGAAGACUUCUCAAUUGAUGAACCUCGCAAGAAGUUGCCCAGGUUUCGAUCUUCCUAG